GUGGGGCGGGAAAACCUUCACAAUGCGGUCGCACAUGCUAUGUCGGUUCGUGUUUGUCCUAACGUUGGCGGCGGCCCAGGCUGACGACCGCUACCACCCCGAGCGCGUGGCAACAGCGUCUGUAUCGCCCACCUCACGACCCCUGCCUGACCGUGCCGAGCUGAGUGCCCAGCACUGGGUGCAAGAGGCGCAGGCGGGCAUCCGCGCCCGGCAGCGCGGCGCGCGCACCUCUACCGCGGACAGAGUAGCGCGAAACGUCGUCAUGUUCCUGGGCGACGGCAUGUCCGUCACCACACUAGCGGCGGCGCGCACGCUGCUCGGACAGCGCCAAGGCCGCCCCGGAGAGGAGUCUCAACUAGCAUUCGAAACUUUCCCUACCGUGGGCUUGACAAAGACGUACUGCGUGAACUCCCAAAUCGCCUCGCACCUCGACUCCAUCGCCGCCUGGGCGCUCGCCGCCGGCCGCGACGCUGGCAUUGUGACGACGACGCGUGUGACGCACGCCUCGCCGGCCGGCGUGUACGCGCGCGCGGCCAACCGCAACUGGGAAAGCGACGCCAACGUCCGCCAGGACAACCAGGACCCCGCGCAAUGUCGGGACAUAGCCUAUCAACUCAUACAUUCAUUUCCCGGUAAUCAUCUGAAGGUCGUUUUGGGAGGUGGACGAAGGGAAUUUAUUCCUACGACGAGUAUUGACGAGGAGGGCACGUGGGGCCGCCGGACUGACGGCCGCAACUUGUUAGAAGAAUGGCAGCAAGACAAAAUAAGGCGCAAUGUUACUUACCGGUACGUGUGGAACCGCGACCAGUUGAUGAGCGCGAAUGACGAUCUGCCCGACUACCUUCUAGGACUAUUCGAAGGAAACCACAUGCAAUAUAACUUGGAAGCCGAUAACCGAACUGAACCCAGUCUCGCUGAAUUAACAGAAGUUGCGAUUCGAUCGCUGAGUCGUAAUGAAAAAGGUUUUUUCUUGUUCGUGGAAGGCGGUAGAAUCGACCACGCGCACCAUGACAAUUUGGUGGAGCUAGCGCUAGACGAGACGCUGGAAAUGAGUGCCGCUGUAGCGCGUGCCGCCGAGCUGCUCUCCGAGGACGACUCGUUGAUUGUUGUGACGGCAGACCACGCACAUGUCAUGACGCUCAACGGCUACUCGCCGCGCGGCACCGACAUCCUCGGGCCCUCCAACGAUAGGGACGAGGCAGGCGUGCCUUACAUGACGCUCAGCUACAGCAACGGGCCAGGCUUCAGGCCGCACAUCAACGGCACACGUGCUGACGUCACGACUGAGCCUAACUACAGGCGAGUCGAGUGGAUGAGUCACGUAGACGUGCCGCUCGAGUCGGAAACGCACGGCGGCGAGGACGUGGCGGUGUUCGCGCGCGGGCCGCAGCAUGCCAUGUUCGCGGGGCUGUACGAGCAGAGCCAGCUGCCGCACCUGAUGGCCUACGCCGCCUGCAUCGGCCCCGGCCUGCACGCCUGCAGCGCCGCCGCUACACAUGUUCUGACUCCAGCGCUCCUCGCGGCAAUCGUUUGGCUUACAAUGUUAAAAGGAUGAGGACAGAUUCUCAGUUAAUUUGUAACAAUAAACUAUGUAAUAUACACAUUAAGCUGAUAUCACGUUUCA